CAACACAAAUUCGUCCUCCUUGUAUAGAGCUUCAUUUGCUUACCUUUGCUAAGUUGAAUUGAACUAUAAAUUGGGUUAAACGUUAAAAUAACAAUUCUUUAAUUACAACAUAUUAUAAACAAUUAGAAUUGAAAUAAUAUUUCAAACUUAGUACCGUUUAAUACUACCGCGAAUUUUUUUUUUUUUUUACACUUAAAUAAUGGGAUCAUUAACAAGCAGACAAAAUGCUGGUGUAGAAGAAGUUGAUAUUGUUUCAAAUCAUGCAUAUAAAUAUCCUCCACGCUCUGGAAGCUAUUUUGGUAGUCAUUUUAUUAUGGGUGGUGAAAGAUUCGAUACUACACAACCAGAAGCAUACCUUUUUGGAGAAAAUGCAGAUUUAAAUUUUUUAGGCAGUCGACCAACACCUUUUCCAUAUCCUCCACCACAAACAAAUGACCCUACAAAAACAUUAAAAAGUUUAGUAAAUAUCAGAAAAGAGUCAUUAAGAUUGGUAAGAAAUGUGGAUCAAACUUCAACAUCCUCACAGUGUCAUAAUGUAAAACGUUAUGGUGAUAGCGAUGCUGACAAGAAACCAAAUCGUUUCAAUAUUGAAUUUACUUUUGAUUGCGACGUUAGAUGUGCUAUCACAAUAUAUUAUUUUUGUACAGAAGAAGUUACAACCAAAGGGGUUACAUAUGUACCGAGAGAUCCUUCUAUGAAUUCUGAAACAUAUCACUACAAAAAGGGUGCUAAUCAAUUGUUCUCUCAAACGUCCCAUAUAUUUGAUCCAAGUCUUUAUAACGAAGAUGAUUUAAUGUACAAUGCAGAUAGAGAAAUUAUUCCAAUAGCAAUAUAUUGUAUAGCAGAGGAAGGAUCAGACGAACCAAAACAGUCUCACACAACCAUUGCAGUAGUAGAAAAACAUUCGGAUGGAACAUAUGUAUUAAAAGCACUUAAGCAAAAACUUUAUGUAGAUGGACUUUGUUAUUUAUUGCAAGAAAUUUAUGGAAUUGAGAAUAAAAACACUGAAAGUGCAAAGCAACAAGGCAGUGACGAAGAUACAGACGAUAAUGGUUCUGAAUGUGUGAUUUGUAUGUGUGAUGUCCGUGAUACUUUAAUUCUACCAUGCAGACAUUUGUGUUUGUGCAAUGGUUGUGCUGAUUCCCUUCGAUAUCAAGCAAACAAUUGUCCUAUUUGUCGUGCUCCUUUCCGAGCUCUCUUACAAAUUAAAGCACUUCAAAAAGCAACUGGGACUAUUAUAUCCAAUCCACCAAUACCAGAGGGUAGUUGCGAAAAUAUUCCAGCAGGUUACGAAGCAGUAUCACUUAUAGAAGCCUUAAAUGGUCCAUAUCCUCCAAGAACUGCUGUCCUUGCACCUGAAUCUCCUGAUACACCCGAUACAGACACAGCAAGCGCUAUUCAGGCUGCAGAAGCAUUGAAUAGAUCGGCCGAACGUACUCCUAUUUCCAAGCAUUUGUCUUCCAAGGAUGCAGAUAUGAGUGCUAGAACUAGUGGUACUCCAUGUCCCACUCCAGAAUUUAGAAUGUCAGUUCUUCUUGCGAGAGAUGAAAAUUCAGGAUCACAAAAAGAUUUACAUACCCGAUCCCCUGCAGUAAGAACCAAAUCUGGGCAUUCUCGUGAUAAAUCCGGUCUAAGAUCACGUGAUACUCUCAGAUUAGUCAAUGAAAAACAACCUGUUUCAUUGUACGAAUAUUUACAGGGCCAAGGACAAGACGAAGAUAGCGAAGCAGAAAAAUUAUCUCCGCUGUUAGAUGCAGCAACCAGUACUGAAGUUUUAGAUGUUCAUAAUCAUCGAAUAUGUGAUGACAUUGAUGACGAGAUUCAAAAUACAGAAAAUGAUGAUAAUAACAUUACAUGUCAUUCUCAUUAAUUUGUAGAAUCUUAAACUGCAGCAGGAUAUAAUAAUUUUUAAGGAAAUACGCAUUAUGCUCUCUUUAAAAAUCAUCGUCAUACUUUAUCAUGUAUAUAUUGUAAUUUAUUCAUCAUUUUAUUCGAUACUUUAUUUCAAAUUAGUAUAGAAAUUGUAUUUUGAUGUUAACGUAAGUACUGAUGAGAUUGUAAAUAUAUAAAUUUAU